UUCAACAAUAAUUUGUUUGAAUUUUACGUCAUGUGAUCAUCAUUCAAACAAUAUAAUUAUUAAUAAUAAUCAUAAUUUAGAUGAUUUUCAAUCACAACAAAAUAUGAUGAUGAAUAAUCAGGUAAACAAUCUAGUCAUUAUUCGUUUAUAUCAUGCAUUCAAUUCAGAUGAGAAUUAUCAAUAUCGUGGCCUUCUAACCAUACAGAAUAAUGUUCCAAUUAUAAAACAAGAUUCAAUCAAUGAUGAACAAUUAAAAUUGUUACAAGAAUCAUCCAAAAAUGGUGACAAUUAUUAUCUGAAAGCAGAAGCUUAUCAAACAUUGGUUUUUGAACAUGAAAAACCAUAUCAAAUUUCCAAAACAUUUAUACCUGCGUGUGCAUUAUUGGAAUCAUCAUUAAAUGAUCAGCUAUGGAUAUCAUUAGAUGUUAAUUCUCGUUUCGUAUAUUUAAUGGCAAAUAUACCAAACGUAUAUUGUACUUCGUCAUCGUCAUUGCAAUCAUCAUUUGAUAAUUUAUCAUCAAAAUCAUUCAAUACAACUGUUUUAUAUAGUAAAACUGUCAUUUCUGCAGGUGCUGAUGAUCCAGAUAAACAUCGUACCUUGAAUGAAUUGAUUGAAUCACGUGGAUUCGAGGUUGAAGAACAUUCUAUUGAAACAAAUGAUGGUUAUAUUCUUUUAGCUCAUCGUAUUGUUUGGCCAAAAAAUAGUUCAAUAAAUCAAAAAGAUCUGAAACCUGUACUAGUUCAACAUGGUUUAUUUGGUGCAUCAUCAGAUUUUUGUAUAAAUUCACCAUUUUUACGUACAAAACAAUCAAAAUAUGGUGAUACAAUUGCAUUUGCAUUAAUGUUAACCCGAAAAUAUGAUGUUUGGCUGGCUAAUUCACGCGGUAAUCGUUAUUCACGUCGUCAUCGUACACGUUCACCAUCGAAUCGUAAUUUUUGGCAAUUUACCUGGGAUCAUAUGGCAACUGAAGAUUUACCUGCCACUAUUAAUUAUGUUCGUAAUGCAACUGAACGUAAAACUAUUGCCUAUAUCGGUUGGUCACAGGGAACAGCCAUAAUGUUUACAUUGAUGAGUUUACAACCAGAAUAUGCUGAUAUUAUACAACCAUUUAUUGCAUUGGCACCGAUAACAUUCGUUAAAGAUAUUGAAUCACCGAUGCGUUAUUUUUCACCAAUGGAACCAUUAUUGAAAAUAAUUGGCGGUGAAUUUAUACCAUCGAAUGCAUUGGUGGAAAAUCUUGUCGAUAAAUUCUGUCAAUAUUCAGAUAUUCGUCCACUUUGUGCUGAUCUAAUUUUUUUGUUUGGUGGUUUUGAUCGAAAAAAUCUAAAUGAAACACGUAUCGGUGUUUAUCUACAUUUUACUCCGUCAACAACAUCAACAUGGGAUGUUGCACAUUGGGCACAAUUAGUUAAUCGUGGCCGUUUUCAACGUUUUGAUUAUGGUUCAGCUGCACGCAAUCAAAAACAUUAUAAUCAAUCAACAGCACCGGAUAUUCCAUUGGAAAAUAUUCCACCACAAGCAAAAAUUGCAUUAUAUCAAGGACAUAAUGAUGUUCUGUCCACUGAAUUGAAUCUAAAUCUUUUGAAAAAUAUUUUCAAAAAAUCUGGUGUAAAAUUAAUUCGUGAUUUUUAUAUUUCCGAUCCAAAAUGGACACAUUUAGAUUUUAGUUUUGGAGAAAAUGCUGGCAAAUUUUUUAUCAACGAUAUGAUUGAUACAUUGAAUCAAUAUGCUAAAUAAUAAUUUGUUUUUUGA